CGUGGAAUUUAUCCGCUUUGGGCAGAGUUUCCUGAUCAACUGGGAUCGGAAAAUGUAUUAUGAGCCGUAUGACAUUCCAGCGCGGGCAAGAACUACCACUCUCAACGAAGAGCUCGGUCAGAUUGAGUACAUCUUCUCCGACAAGACUGGUACUCUAACCCAGAACAUCAUGACAUUCUUGAAGUGUACAGUGGGAGGCAAGAUGUAUGGCCACUGGGGUGCAGCAUCUCAGGAUGGUGAUGUGGGUGUGGACGGCAAGGUCAUCAAACCUCAGGUCAUAAAAGUCACCGGCCGCGAAGACGAAGAUGCUCCCAACCAGUCAACAGCCCUGACCACAUCCAACCUGGAUCGGCCACCAUCUGCCGCCGCUGCCAGCGCUACCAGCGCCAAGUCGGACUCCGACAGCGAGCACUUUCGCUUCACUAUGGACGUGUCAGGGGCUAAACCUCCCACGUACGGUGCCACUGGCCAGGACCCUGUCAAUCUACCGAACAGCGUUGGCGAUACCCAUGAGCACGACGUAAUGCCGGCUGAGCCUUACAGCCCCGCUGCGUCCAUGGUACCCGAUGGUGGUGCCGUGUCCUUACCGGAGCAACCUCACGGCUCUUCUCACAUGAAGCCGUCAGAGCCGAUCGAUUUCCCCAAAGAGAAUCCCUACGGCGAGCCGACCUUCUCUCAUUACGAUCGUGAGCUGCUGAACGCUGCCAAGGAGAAGACUUCGAAAGAGUUUGAAUUCUUUCACCUACUCAGCGUAUGCCACUCCGUCAUGUCGGAGAUAGAAGAUGGUACUCUCGUCUAUCAAGCUCAGUCCCCUGACGAAGCAGCGCUGGUUUCCGCUGCCCGUAACUUUGGUCUGACUUUUGUGGAACGUACAACAACAUCCGUGACGAUAGAUGAAUUUGGAGAGAUGGUCGUGUACGAUGUGCUUGCUAUUCUCGACUUCAACAACGUGCGCAAGAGAAUGUCGGUUAUCGUGCGUGACCCCAACGGCAAAGUACAGCUACUCUGCAAGGGUGCUGAUAACGUCAUCUUUGAGCGCCUCUCGCCGGAGUGCAGCGAAAUGGCUGAGAAGACGCAGAACCAUUUGAACGUAUUUGCCAAGGAUGGGUUGCGCACUCUGUGUAUUGCAUACCGUGACAUGACCACCCAAGAAUGGGACGAUUGGAGCGACAGACAUCAUCAAGCAAAUACUUCCCUUGAAGACCGUGACGAGAAACUGUCUGAGGUGUAUGAGAUGGUGGAGAGGGACAUGACACUCAUCGGUGCGUCGGCCAUCGAAGACAAGCUUCAGGACGGCGUACCCGACACAAUCGCCAACCUGGCUCGCGCCAACAUGAAGAUUUGGGUUCUGACCGGUGACAAGGAUGAAACAGCUAUCAACAUUGGCUACUCAGCCAGACUACUAACACCAGACAUGCAAGUGUUCCUUGUCGACGGGCGAACAGAAGAAGCCGUCUGUUCCUCGCUUACUCACAUCAAGCGACGCAUUGACGAGGCCAGAUCAGACUACGAACAAGCUCACAACUGCAGCUUGGAGAAGGAAGAUCCUUUUGAGGAUCCAGCUGACGCCGAGCGCAAACCUAAGUUUGGUAUCGUCAUCAAUGGUUACAGCUUGGCACCAGCCCUGGGUACGGUUUUGAAGCAACUCUUCUUGAACACGGCUGUCCUGUGCCGCGCUGUCAUCUGCUGUCGUGUUACUCCGCUGCAAAAGGCUGAUGUGGUAACUUUAGUCAAGGACAAUCGCAAGGCGGUCACUCUGGCUAUCGGUGAUGGUGCAAAUGAUGUUGGAAUGAUAAAGGCUGCUCAUAUUGGUGUGGGUAUCAGUGGUCAGGAAGGCAUGCAAGCUGUCUUAGCCAGUGACUACUCCUUUGCUCAGUUCAGUUAUCUUCAACGCUUGCUGCUUGUGCACGGACGCUGGUCGUACAUGCGCAUGUCCAAGUUUCUCGGCUACUUCUUCUACAAGAACUUUGCAUUCGUCCUGGUCCAGUUCUGGUUCGCUUUCUUUUGUGCAUUCACUGCCCAAGCCUACUUUGACCCAUGGUUCAUCACUGUCUACAACGUUAUAUUCUCCUCGCUACCUAUCAUCAUUGUUGGUGUGUUUGAUCAAGAUGUCGACGACAAGCUGUGUCUGAAACACCCACGUCUCUACAUUCCCGGGCAGCAGAAUUUACUGUUCAAUCGGAAAACGUUUGUCAUCGGCAUCUUGAAAGGUAUCUAUGUGUCCAUCGUCAUAUUCUUCACCAUAUACGCGGCGUUUGAAGAAGGCAUUGACUCUGAUGGUUUGGAUGCAGCCAGUCUCUUUUACAUUGGAGCCUGCGGCAGUGGCAUUUUGGUCAUUAUCGUCAACCUGCAGAUUGCUCUGGAUACGUACCAUUGGACAGUGUUCAAUCACUUAGUGACUUGGGGAAGCAUUGCUCUCUGGUUUGCCUACGCUUUCCUUGUCUACGCCGGCCCGCUCUACAAAGCAGGUGCCAAGUUCCUCAACGACCCCGGCGCGGCCAUCCACCUGUUCCGCAAUGCCGCCUUCUGGUUCCUCAUCCCGCUGGCCUGCGCUAUUGCACUGCUACCAGUGCUGGCGUUGAGAUUCAUGUCAGCCACGAUCAAGCCACUGCUCGUAGACACCAUUCGUGGCCAGCUGUCUACUCCGCAAACCGAACAAGACGAGGAGGAGGAGGCAGAAAAGGAGCCCUCCAUCGCCGGUGCGUCUACGCGAGGCAAGACACCUGAGCUGAACAUGCCGGAGAUGGAGGCAGUGACGUCCAUGUCCACAUCGGGUGCAGCGUCUGGUCUGGACCAGGCCACCAUUGAUCGGCGGAAGGAUGCGGCGAAGAACGCUGCCCAUCGUGUGCGCUUGGCCACGGGAACACGUGUGGAGUCAGUAACGGCUGGUGAGCACGGUCUGCGCAGUGAGAUGCGCUCCGGCUACUCGUUCUCGUACACACCGGGCUUCGGCGACUUGAUCACGUCCGGACGUUUCAAGAAUACUGCAUCCACUGCACACCGAGCUCGUUCAGCCACCGCCACUACAUCUAUAUUACCUGCCGGUGCCAACACCCGUGCUCGCAGUGCUGUUCCCCAGCUACACGCCGGCAAGCAGAUGUCCAUCGACACAUAGUGAUAUGCUGUGUGCAUGUUUGCCUGCUGCUUGCCGUUGUCCUUCUCCGUAGCCCCACUGUUCUAUUGUACUGCACGGCACUGAUGCUUGAACCCGUGCAGCCCGUCCUAGCGUUGAUUCUGUGGCCUUUAGCAGGCCAUGUCGUCUCUUUGAUCGGCAACUUGCCACUGCAUCUAGCAGCACUGCAACAUACACACAUACAACACUCGGCCAUCUAUUGGCGUAAUUUCUGCGCGAUUUCUGCCCUGCUGCAUCGGAUCCGUUUUCACCGUCAUCGCCUGGCGCUCUGUAAACAUUUUCACUUUAGCACAACGUCAGGUCGCCGCUGAACUCUGGGAGCAGUUGUUUUUUGUAUCCCAUCAUCGGGAACCAAGCAGGACACCAGACUUCUUUACUGAUACUUGCUUGGUAGUGCUCAUCUGCUGAUGUCCUGCUCAAGCCUGGCAGCUGUUUUGUAUUUCGUCAUCGGUGACCGCGCAGUGAACGAGACUUACUUAGUGACUCACCGUCUUCGUAGCGCUCAGCUCUUGCCAUACACACUUUUUGUAAACUGUAGCUGCACAAUAUCUGGUGUGUGACGUGUGUGUGCCUCUUUGGCUGGAGGUGUGUGAAAUAGGCUGUGAGAUAAAUGAUAAUAAUGAUCUGGUGCACCGUUGUCCUGCUUCUGACACACGCAUGUGUGUUCAGAUGGCUACCUGUUCACCCCGCCGCCGCCACCCAACAUUCCCUCUGGCGGAUUGUUUCCAUUGCACCUAUAAUAGUAACAUUACUCUUUACCUAGGCUGUCUCUUGUUUGUCUUUCUUUACCUAGGCUGUCUCUUGUUUGCAUGUUUGUCUUCUUUACCAACGGCUGUGUGCGUGCGUGCGCGUGUGUGUGUGUGUGUUUUUUAUCACGAGCUUUGCGCUGCCUCUGUGGUGCCAAAGUAGAGAUUGUGUCCUGGCUGCGCAAGCCCCCCCCCCCCUCCCUCCUUUCCCCUCCGCCUUCCCUUCGCUGUCCUAUUUACGAAAUGAGUAGCGGCUACUUUGGACAAUGUUUUAUUAUACUCUUGCGGUAUGUAGAUUAUGAUAUUGGUUUUUAAAAGUUUUUUCUUCUUCACAUUGUUAGCUUUUGAGAGUUGUAUCCGAUUUGAGGCUUACUAACUGUUUGAAUUUUAGUCGUUUGUUUUCUUCAAGAUGUCGACAGCUGGGGGCAGAUGUCACCACGUCUCUUGUUUUUGCCGUGCUCUGUUCUGUCGAAUUUUGUUUUAGCUAGCUCUGGGGUUUUUUGUGUGUGAAUGAUUUUCAGCGAUUUCUGGUUCUCGUUGCUGAAACAUCAUUCUAAUCUCUUGUUGUCAUCUCCCUUCUUCUGUUCUCUCGAUCUCGUUCGUCCCUCCUGUUUCUUUCUUCAGUUCUCUUGUCCGUUUCUUUCCAUUUCCUGUAGAUUUCGGUUUGGAGAUAAAGGUCAUCUUGUCAAUGUUA